GACGCGAGCUGGGCCGCAGCCUGGGUCUCGGGUCGGCAGUCAGGCGGCAGAGGCCGCGGAGGUGGGAAGUUGGUGUGGUGGCUGCCCCCGAGGAGCAGAUGGGGUCCGGGCGGGCGAGGUGGGUGCUGUGUGCCCCUGUGGUACUGUCUGUGUUGGCGCUGUGUGGGGGAGUCCCACCGACAGGCGAUUUGCUCCUGGAGUACUGUGUGAUUGGGGCAGGACCUGCCGGGUUGCAAAUGGCGUAUUUUCUGCAGCGUUCCCAGCGGCACUACCUGGUUCUGGAGAGGAGCAACAUCUCGGGGAGUUUCUUCACUCGCUACCCUCGUCACCGCCGGCUGAUCAGCAUCAACAAGCGAUACACCGGCAAAGCAAACCGCGAGUUCAACCUCCGCCACGACUGGAACUCGCUGCUCAGCCACGACCAGAGGCUGCUGUUCAGACGCUACUCCACCGAGUUCUUCCCACACGCGGACACCAUGCUGAGCUACCUGAACGACUAUAGCCGGCUGCUGGAGCUGAAAGUGCGGUACAACACUGAGGUGACGGGGGUCCAGGUGGGGCAGGGCCCCGAGGCGUGGCAUGGACAUUACUAUUACCUGACUGACCAAAAUCACCAGCGUUACAGGUGCAAUGUGCUCUUGGUGGCUACAGGCAUGUGGGUGCCCAACACCUCCCACUUCCCUGGGGAGCAGUACCUGGAGGGAUAUGAGGAUGUGUCGGUCAAUCCCGAGGACUUCGCCGGACAGUCGGUCCUGAUCCUGGGCCGCGGGAACGCUGCCUUUGAGACUGCCGACAACAUGGUGGGUCACACCAACUUCAUCCACAUGCUGAGCCGCUCCCGUGUCAGGCUGGCCUGGAACACACACUACGUGGGAGACAUCCGGGCAGUGAAUAACGCCUUACUGGACACCUAUCAGCUGAAGUCCCUGGACGGGCAGCUAGAGCGAUCGCUAGACAACAUCAGGAUCGAGAGAGACAAGCAGGGCCGGCUUCACCUGUCCCUGAGCCGCGGCUCCGAGCAGAGCAACGUGUCUGAGGAGGCCACAGGCAGUGAGGGAACCCGGAUAGACAACGUGGCCAUCAGGGAGCCUUACCAUCGCAUCAUCCGCUGCCUCGGAUGGAAGUUUGACUUUUCCAUUUUCGGCAAUGACACAAAGCCCCAAGUUGGGUCAGGACGCAGACGGAAAUACCCUGUGGUGAGCGCCAGCUAUGAAUCGCAGCCGGGGAUGUUUGUGAUCGGAACAGCCGCUCACUCCAUCGAUUACAGGAAAUCUGCCGGGGGAUUCAUCCACGGCUUCCGCUACACAACGCGUGCCGUUCACAGGCUGUUAGACCAUCGUUACCACGGUGUGGAUUGGCCGGCCACAGCGUUGCCCAUCUCCCAGCUCACCAACGCCAUCACCAAACGGGUGAACGAGGCCUCAGGCCUGUACCAGAUGUUCAGUGUCCUGGCUGAUGUUGUGCUGAUUCAGAAGAACGGGACCCAGUUUGAAUACUUGGAGGAGUAUCCCAUCGGAGCGCUCCCAGACCUUCAGGAAAACACUGGGAAGAGGGUGGAACAGGGACUGUUUGUCAUUAACCUGGAAUAUGGUAACAACUUCUCUAGGCCUGACUCUGAUAUCUUCUCUCUCAACCGUGCUGUGGGUGAGCCAAGACACGCCUGGCUGUCCAACUUCCUGCACCCAGUCAUUUACUACUACACUCGCUUGCCAACAGAGCUGGAGAUGAGGUAUCGCCCCCAUCACUGGUCGCUGCCUCGACCACGUUACAUCCACCAUAUUGUGGAGGAUUUCCUGACGGACUGGACAGCAGCCAAUAGCCACAUCCUGCCCCUUCGCCGCUUCCUGGAGAACUGUCUGGGCACCGACCUCAGGAGCUUCUUUGCAGAAUCCUGCUUUAAGUUUGCACUGACCAGCCAGCACGUGCCUCCGUUCUGCCGUGGCGGUUACCUGGAACAGCGAGGGUUAAUGGGAGACAACAUUCCCAGAGCUCCAGCCUCUGAUCUCCACGAGCAAUGACACCCACCUGGAGAGACGGGAAGAGACAGAGAGAGUGUGAGAAAGUCUGACUGAGAGAACGUGUGAGUGAAUGAGAGAUAGUGUGUGUGUGCGUGAGUGAGAGA